AACAAAUCAUGCUUAAUACUUACAAGGAAGAAAACAAAUCUUAGUUAGAAAACCAACAAAAAAAAAAGAACAAACUCCAUAGUGUGGGAGUUUUGAAGGAGAUAACAAAAAAAAAACAAAAGAUGGUGCACCCUUUGGUUGAUAGAGCAACAAGCGAUAUGCUUAUAGGUCCUGAUUGGGCCAUGAACCUCGAGAUAUGCGACAUGCUUAAUCAUGAGCCUGGGCAAACGAGAGAGGUUGUGAGUGGGAUAAAGAAAAGGCUUAGUAGUAGGACUUCCAAGGUUCAGCUUUUGGCUCUGACUUUGCUAGAGACAAUAAUAAACAAUUGUGGGGACCUUAUUCAUAUGCAAGUUGCAGAGAAGGAUAUUCUUCAUAAGAUGGUGAAGAUGGUCAAAAGGAAGCCUAACAUCCAAGUGAAGGAGAAGAUAUUGAUACUUAUAGAUACUUGGCAAGAGAGCUUUUCAGGUCCACAAGGAAGACAUCCACAAUAUUAUGCAGCAUACCAAGAAUUGUUGCGUGCAGGAAUUGUAUUCCCGCAAAGACCUCCAACCACAAUCAGUUCAGGACAAACUGGUCCUACGACAACGUUUCCUCGGAAUUCUCGUAACGCUAGACAAGAAGUUAUUGAUACUUCUACAGAGUCAGAAUUCCCAACUUUGAGUUUGACAGAAAUUCAAAAUGCAAGAGGAAUUAUGGAUGUCUUAGCUGAAAUGAUGAACGCAAUAGAUGGAAACAACAAAGAGGGACUUAAACAAGAGGUUGUCGUGGAUCUUGUUAGCCAAUGUCGCACCUAUAAACAAAGAGUCGUACACCUUGUAAACUCGACAUCAGAUGAAUCGUUGCUUUGCCAAGGCCUAGCUUUAAAUGACGAUUUGCAACGAUUACUUGCGAAGCACGAAGCCAUCGCUUCUGAAAACAUUACGAGAGAGAAAAGUAAAAAAGAAGUUCCUAAGGACGCAGCCCAGAUCAUAGAUGUUGGUUCAAGUGAAACCAAAGAUAGUAGUGCUGUGGCUUCUGUAACCAAUGGUCCAAAAAUAGAUCUUCUUAGUGGAGAUGAUUUUCAGACAGCGAACGCAGAAAACUCAUUGGCUCUUGUUCCUCUUGGACCUCCACAACCAACUAGUCCCGCAGCAACGCCAGACAAUUCCAUCGUCUUGAUCGACAUGUUAUCAGAUAAUAACUGCGAAAGCUCUACACCAACUUCGAAUCCACACUCGAAUCAACAGAUGGUGCAACAACAGCACUACUCGAAUGGAUUCGGAGCAGUCCAUCAAGAACAAUCUUUUUAUGGAGGACAAGGACCACCUGGUCCGGUCUGGAAUCUCCAAAUUUCACAACAACCAUCUUCUCCUGCUUACGGAAACCAACCCUUUUCGCCUACCUUUAGCCCGCCUGCCUCUCCUCACCAUGGUGGACAAAACAACUAUGUUCUGGCACUACCUCCACCGCCAUGGGAAGCUCAAUCUCCAAGCUCUAGCCCUCAAUACUCUCCUACUCAUCCAGUGCAAGUGACUCAAGUGGUCAUCACCACGCACACUCAUCAACCACUCGGUUACAACCCUCAAGGUGGCUCUCCUCAUGCUGCUAACAACAACAUGUUCGGUAUGUUCCUCCCUCCAACGACAGGAGGCCACAUGUCACCCUUUGGCCACAACCCAAACGUCACAAACAACCAUCAUAACCCUGCUACUGCCAUGUACGGAGGCUACGGAGGACAACUUCAGCCACCACAACAGUAUCUCGUAGAACAACAAAUGUACGGAAUGUCUCUACAGGACAAUGGAACCAACCAUACUAAUCCCUACCAAGUUGCUUCUCAUCCUUCGGCUCUUAAUCAUCCACCAAUGAUGAAACCUAUGAACAAGAAACCAGAGGAGAAGUUGUUUGGGGAUCUUGUUGACCUCUCCAAGUUCAAGAAACCCACUCCCGGUCGAGCCGGUAGUAUGUAAAACCCACAUUUUUUACCUUCAAAAUUAGAUAUUCCAUGUUUUCAAAAUUCUACUUAAAACUUUUUUCAGAAAAUAAUUAGUAUCGAAUUGUUAUUUUGUCGCCAAGUGAAUAACGAGUUAAUCAAUUUUCUUCUUCUACUGUAUCUCGGUGACGGUGUUGAGCUAUAUAGAUAAAUAAUUAUAUAAAGCUUCGUCGAGGUUGAGAUUCCCUCUUCGUCUUCUACAUCAAUGGAAACGGACGACUCUGAAUCACUCUCUCUCCACACUCUAGCUUCUGUUAGGUCACUCAUUUUCAACGCCGACACUCCCAACUCUGUAAUUUCCUCGGUGUUCGACUUUCUUACUGGUCUUCUCAGUCGAGACGACCCAGCGAUACUUCACCACCACGUCCUCAAGCUCCUCUCCGACCUUUCCUUUUCGAGAAAGGAAUUAGCAACACAGAUCUUCGACGCGGUCCUCUCCAACUUGCUCCGCCUUCAAAACUCCGCCGCCAAUGCGAGCCACGGACGCGUCGCCGUGGAAUCGCUUGCUGUGCUGGCGUCGUUGUCCGAGAUCAACCCUAGCAUCGCCGCCGCGCUUUCCAAAAUUGACGGCCAGGGAUUUGCGUCAAUCUGCCUCGGAGCACCUAUAUCUUCUCGGCUGUGGCUACUUAGGAACGCGGAGAGGUUCUAUGUCCCGGCGUCCGUACUUUUCACCUUGUUCUUAGGGUUCACCAAGGAUCCGUAUCCAUAUAUCAGAAAAUUAGCUCUGGAUGGACUGAUCUACAUAUGUAAGGCCGGUGACUUCGAUCACGCCCAUGCCGUACAAGGUUGCUAUACUCGUGCUGUUGAGCUUCUAGGCGAUGCUGAAGAUAGCGUCAGAUCUUCUGCAGUUCGUGCCGUCAGUAUGUGGGGCAAAGUGUUGAUAGCAUCCAAGGUAGAGACGAACAGAAGAGAGUAUACAGAUGCUGUGUUUCUCCAGCUUUGUUCUAUUGUGAGAGAUAUGAGUGUAGACGUGAGGGUUGAGGUCUUCAGGGCACUUGGGAUAAUAGGGACUGCAUCAGAAAGCAUUAUACUGCAAACACUUUCCAAAAAAGUGUUGGGGGCCGGAAAAGGGAAGAAACCACAGAAUCAUCUUUCGAAUGAAUCAGCUGAUGUCACUGCUGCAGCUGGAGUUUUCAUCCAUGGUUUUGAGGAUGAAUUCUACGAGGUUGAAAGCUUUAAAGGCAUUGCAUCAUAUAGCAGAAUUGGGGAACUUGAAGAUACAGGAAACUUAUAUGCCCGCCUUUUUGGAUGCUAUUGUUGAUACUUCUGAGGACAUAAGACUUACGGCUAGAAACAUUCUUAAAUUGGCAAAGCUGCCUGAUCUGAAGCUGGUCAACAAAUGUGUUGAUGGUGUCCUAAAAAGUUUAGAGAUGUAUCCACAGGACGAACCUGUUAUCUUGUCUGCUCUGUUCCAUUUCGGUCAAAACCACACAGAUUUCUUAGUCAGUAUGGUCAAAAGAUUUUGUGAAAAGUUAGAGGCAGCUUCCGGAAAUAAAUCUGAAUUCACCAGCCGGCAGGUAUCUGCAUCUCUGAUGCUGAUAAUAUCAGCCCCUCUCUCUGACAAACAAAGCGUCACUUCAGUGCCACUUGUGGCUUUUUCAUAUUCACUUGCAAUGCUGGGGAAAUUCUCUUGUGCACUUCAUGAUAUGAUGGACCAGGAUACGCUUUUGGCUUACUUGACUCAUUGCGCUAUUCUUUCUGCUUCUUUGGGGACAGAAUUGAACAAGGGAGGUAUAUUUUUUCAUGCGUAUAGGGACAGUAAUGCAGAUCUUAGCGGAAUCCCCGUCCUCCUACCGAGCAAAGAUAUACCUGAGAGCAAUCACAUGGCUUCCAAAGCAGAACUGGAAAAUAGAAAUCACGCACUGAAGUCUGAUAACCAUAUACUGUUGAAAGUAAAGGCUGCUUGGUUAUUAUCACAAUCAGGAUGCUCGAAAGAAGCACUCCGAGCGUUGAGGGCUUGCAAACAGGAGUUACAAACAGCCAAUUCUUCAAUCUCCAAUGGUGCAUUAGAAUUUAUGUGUCAGUACGUUCACAUAAUAGAACUUCUCGCUCAGGUGUGGCCUCAUUUCGAAUACUCAAGACACACCAGCACGUGUAAAUCUGUAGAACUGGGACUACUGAUGGAAGAGGUAGAGAAAAAAGUUAUGGAGAUGAGGUGUAGAUUCACAGGCCUGUCUACGGAGGUCUCGCUGGUAAUGGAGCUAGUGAUUUUUGGUUGCUUGAUAAGGCUGUAUAAAUUUGAAAUUUGCUGCCGCCUUAGCUCCAAGAAGAAGCUAGCAUCAACAGUAUCUCAAUUGGAGCUCCACCAUGAACAACAAUGCAGCAAACCAUCAGAUUUUCUAACUGAAACUAAGAAGUCAUUGCAGGAGAUUGGGAGUUAUGGUGAUAUAAAUUGCUGUCGAAUCCUGGAUCUCAUCAAGAAAUACAAUUGCUUCUCUCUGGAACAGUUUACCUUCUCUGGUAAUCUGCAGUGUGUCAGUGCAGAGCUCGAGGUUCCUGGUAAUGGUCCUCACAGUCCGAUUUCCUUUGUGGCUGGACUACCAGUGGCUAUACCGUGCGAGAUCACGCUGCAAAAUGUGCCAAGAGAUAGCUGUUUGUGGCUGAGAAUAUCCAGAAGCGAUGAAACUUACCAGUUUGUGUACUUGGACCCAAGCCUAUACAAUGGAGAUGAGAGAGAGAAGAAGAGGUUCAUGUUUAGUGCUGGAACUUACAUGACCCCGAGGGCUGUUGUGUUCACAUUGCGGGUCUCAAUAGGCAUAGAGUGUUUGUUUGAAGACGUUUGUUACAGAGAACGGCGUCAUGGUCCGAAGCAUCCUGUGGCCUACCUGUCUAAGGAAAGAGAAGUUCACCUUUCCUUUGUUUCAAGAGCCUAAGCUCUCUAGUAACCUGUCACGGCUGUCUGUUGAGGCUAAGGACCAAGAGAGAUUAGGAUUCUUGCAUCGGUUGACAUGGGAUUUGCGAUGCGUCUCAACAUAGAACUGCCUGAUCUGUUUCUUUUUCCAAUAAGCUCUGCGGAUGGUUCGGUUUUCAAUUAGAGUUGGAAGAAGAUCCGGGUGUUACUAUUUAGUACUAGUAUUUAGUUGUAACUGCUGAUAAAGCUAAUGCCACUAGCCAGUUUACAGUUUCCAACAGAGAAAAUUAAAACCAUGUAAUUAUGAAUAUAGUCGAUAUUUACCGUAAGCUGGACAUUAUCUACAUGAAUUCAAGAAUUUAUAUAGAAUAUUAUUUGGAGAUUUGUAGUUGAAUGAAAUCAUUUAGUAUCCCAAACAACAAAGGAAAAAGACACAAAAGUAUAUUAGCAAGAUAACACACACACGUUCAAGCCUUGUGACGCAUUCAUCAAACAGUGGCAGCAAGAACCUUGACUAUUUGGGAUGAAGAGGGUGAGAGUGUAAGCACAUGAUCAACCCACUCAACUUUGCCCCGGAUUUCACAGUUUUUGCGCUUCUCAAGCGCAAUCACCGCACACCAAAUCGUCUUGUUUAAACCCAAGGGCUCGCCCCAGAAAACAGCCAUCUUUCCACCAUAAUCAGCCAAUCUAAUCCCUCUAUUAUCAAGAGGGAGCUUAGGGAGUCCUACUAAACCCUCCAGCUUUCUCCACUUGCUAACCUCAGUGUCAUACCAACGUAUCUCUCCGCGAGAAACAGCGUACAAAACGUUAUCUAUCUCACAAUUAGAAUCUGUAUCCAUGAGAAAUAAUUCACGCAUCUCCUCCGGUGCAACCGCGUCCCAUCUACCUUGCUUGGAAUCGUAAGCAAACACCGUUAUGCCCCGGUAAUGAGUGCACCACAUGGAACUUUCUGUCAAUACAUGUGGUUGGCUUCAAAAUGUAGCCAUUUUCCAAGCUCCAAGGGAUGGGCACAGGAUCCCAAGUCUGUGUUUCUGUGUCGAACACAAAGGCCAAUUUCUUAUAGUAACCAGAACCACCAUCAUCGACAUCAGAAUCGCUUCCGGCUAGAUAUAUCUUUUGAUCAACGAUGCUAGUAGAAAAUAACGGCCCUAGCGUCACCGGUAAGCUUGGAGCGGGGCGCCAUGUGUGAGACCGGCAAUCCAGUCUCGAGACGGGGAUUGGUUCGAACUUUUGUGGGUUAAUGCAGUAGAUAUCAGAACCAACCACCACGAUACCAUGAAAAUACGCGUAGCCAAAGCAUACCCACUUGACUUGCUCUGCUCAUUCUUCUUCCAACGGAUGUCAUCGUUUAGGAUGGUUUCAUCAGGUUUCCGGCAGAGGGUGUACCAGCGAUCAUGACGAUAGCCGCUAAUGUACACAUAGAGACAACUCUCGGUGCGGCCCAGGAGUGAUCGGACCUUGUAAAGCUCCGGUGAAGCAAUGAGAGAUCGAAAGCCCUUGGAGACGAGGGAGAGAGUCGGAUAGUACAACCUCGAGAUGCGUACGAUGCAGCUCAACAACAAAUCAUAGGGAAGCGACGGAAUCAGGGUCGAUUCAGGCGUCGAUUGCGGCUUUGGCGUCUGCUUCUUAUUCGUCGUAGCAUCUGUCUUCCUCUUCUUUGCCGGGGCCGACAUUGACGAAUCGCCGAUAACCAACCUCUCUGGUAUCAAGCCGCCGC